AUGCAUUUGUUUCAAUUACUCGCCAUCGCGGUGUUUUUGGCCUUGGUUGGUCUAUCCCGUGCAACAUAUACGGUAUAUCCGCCGGAAUACGACCUCACGGACGAGCAGGUGAAGACCUUUAUCGGUUGCAUUGCCCAGACCAUGGACGAAAAAGAUCCCAAAAGCCGUUAUGAUCCAGUUUGUGCUACCGAUGGUUUCAGCUACUACAACCAAUACUUGCUCGGAUGCCUGACAGAGCUCGUUCCGUCGGUUCAAUUUUCCUUCUUCGGUCGCUGCCCGAAUGAGCCGAUCUUUAGGCCGAUGGAAUCCAUCCGCGAUUGGUGGCUGAUGCCGGAAGGCAAUCGCAGAAAGUCCCAAUCUUGCAUGAGUCAGUGCGAGAAGUUAUUCAAGCCGGUCUGCGGUACGGACAAGAAAUCCUACAGCAGCGAUUGCGUUCUGGGCUGUGUCACGGAAAUAGCGCCGCACAUUACCAAAUCCUACGAAGGUUUCUGCACGCAGGAUAUGGUGGUCCAACAGAAAUGUCCACCAAUACUGCAACCGUUCUGCGGUACGGAUGGUGUUACGUACCUGAAUCUGUGUCAUCUGCGCUACGCUGCCGCAAUGCUUCCGGGGUUAAAGGAAGCUCACCUGGGCGAUUGCGUGCGACGGUUGGAUGUCAUCCAGAAAGGGUUCGAUCUGCAGACUAAUCUGAAAUCGGAAAAGCACGGUUGA